AGUACAUACAUACCUGCACUAUGCACACAAGCAGGAACCUUCUGCAUGCACAGAAGGCAUGUACGCGUUACAGAAGUGUUUCAGAGGUUGGGUUGCCGGAAGCUGUGCUCAGGCAUUCGCAGCGCAACUAUGCCACACACAAUCGCAAUGUGCAAAUUCAGAACAGAGAACACCCCGCCUUACAACAGUCUGCAAAUAUCUCUCACACAAUGAAUGGGAAAGCAAAGCAGUUGCUCUGUCCUAAGGUCCGUUCAGUUAGUUUUAUACAGUAUAGGGGUAACCAAACACAGGCUUCCGUGACAACCACACCUGUAUUCGAUAACAGUGCACUGAAGUAUGAACAUAUGCACACGCUCCCCUUCUCAUCUGCUAUGGGUGCUGAGGUCACAGGCGUGGACCUGAGCAUGUUCAGUGAUUCCGAUAUAGAUUCAUCUUGCACUUGGAGUGACUCUCAUAAGCAUGAUGUAUUUCAAGAGAUACGUCAAGCGCUCUUCCGGCACAAGAUGCUCUUCUUCAGGAACCAAGUUAAUCUCACACACGUACACCACCAACACUUUGCUUCAUUGUUUGGGCCUUUCGCGAAGGAUGCCUAUCCAUCGACUAUACACGGAUGUGAGCAUGUCAAACCCGUUAUUAAAGAAGCACACACACAUGUACGCAUGGUGUUUGGCUCGGGCUGGCACACAGACUCGCCCUUUCUGGCUGGACCACCGCAUAUCACCACCUUAAGGAGUGUAUGUGUACCACCCUAUGGAGGGGAUACUAUAUUCGCCAACACUUCUUUGGCGUACAGCACGCUUUCAGAGACUAUGCAGUGUGUAAUAGAGCCACUGAUGGUGCGCAUGUCAUUGAAGGAUGUACUGGCACAAGCUCAGGUGGAUGCCGGCGACGAUGAGACCACCCCUCUAGGCCGACUGGCAGCUACGAAGUACAAGGGUGUGUCUGCGGAUGUGCUGCAAGGGGUGAGGGGGACAUUACACAGGCUGGUGGGUGUGCACCCGGUGACAUGGGAGAAGGCAUUGUUUGUGGAUGGUACGUAUACAGCGGGGAUAGACGGUAUGAGCGACUUGGAGUCCCGGGCCAUAGUAGUGUUCCUGCUGCAACACAUCACACAGCCAGCGUACACGUGCAGGUUAAGAUGGGAGAAGGAUAUGCUGGUGAUCUGGGACAACCGGCUGUGUAUUCACCAGGCCAUGAACGAUUACGAUGGGCAUCGGCGAGAGCUGUACAGAACCACCAACCGCUGCGUGUGAGAGAGAUACUACAACAGAGUCUAUCACGAUUAUCAAGUGAGUUAUAGUUUACAACAAUUAAUCGCACGUACAAAUGGCUUCGCGUCACUGUGACGGGACGGCGUAUCUGCCCCCAUGUAUAUGUAUCGGAGGCUAUUUUUAACUCUCUCUAGUUGGAUUUUUAUACACAUUACAACUAGUGCUGAAAGAUACAUCACUCCAGGAGUAGACACCUAUACUUAUGUCUCGCCAAAGGACAGAAACUUACCCCUCUAUACGACAUACUUAUGUCAACUGUCAC